UGUGCAAAAGCAACCAAAAAGAAAACCAGAAAGACAACCAUGGCUCACCGCAUGAUGUUUUUCCUCUCUUUCCUAGUAACCCUGGCAGCCAUUGAAGGCAUUCAUGCAGUUGACUACGUGGUCACCAACACCGCCGAGAACACUCCCGGUGGGGUUCGCUUUAACAAGAAGAUCGGAUCUGGCUACAGCAGGCAAACCUUGGUUUCUGCCACGGAUUUCAUAUGGAGGACCUUUCAGCAAAACAAUGCCGUCAACAGAAAGAAUGUGCAGAAAGUGAGCUUGUUUAUCGACGACAUGGAUGGAGUUGCAUAUGCUAGCAACAACGAGAUCCAUGUCAGUGCGAGAUACAUCAACAGCUAUUCGGGUGAUGUGAAAAGAGAAAUCACCGGCGUGCUUUACCAUGAAAUGACACAUGUUUGGCAGUGGAAUGGUAAUGGGUUGGCUCCUGGAGGAUUGAUCGAAGGAAUUGCUGAUUUUGUGAGGCUGAAGGCAGGAUACGCGCCAAGCCACUGGGUGCAGCCUGGGAAAGGUGAUAAAUGGGACCAGGGAUACGAUGUUACAGCUCGGUUUCUAGACUAUUGCAAUAGUCUUAGAAAUGGGUUCGUGGCUGAGUUGAACAAGAAAAUGAGGACUGGUUAUAAUGCUCAUUUUUUUGUUCAACUACUUGGAAAAUCUGUUGAUCAGCUCUGGAGGGACUACAAAGCCAAGUAUGGAAAUUAGAGGGGAUGGUUAGAACUAUAUUAAUACGAUAAAUAAUGUAUCCUGCAUCAUCAUAAUUGGUGAAAUAAAUAAAUAAAUUAUAUGAAUAAAUGUUUUUAGAUGAUUGUCAUGA